AACCACGGCGUAGGCGUGGUGGGCCUGGCCCCGGAGCACAUCCCCACGCCGGGCGCGGCCCUCAGCUGGCAGGCGGCCAUCGACGCCGCGCGGCAGGCGAAGAUGAUGGGCAACGCCGCGGCGGGGGGCGGAGGAGGGGCGGGGCUCGGGUCGGGGGGAGGCGGGCCCAUCUCCACGGCCAGCUCCACGCAACGCAAGAGGCAGCACUACAGCUCCAAACCCAAGAAACAGACCACGACGACGGCCACCCGGCCGCCGCGGGCCCUGCUCUGUCUCACGCUCAAGAACCCCAUCCGGCGGGCCUGCAUCAGCAUCGUCGAGUGGAAACCAUUUGAGAUCAUCAUCCUGAUGACCAUUUUCGCCAACUGCGUGGCCUUAGCUGUCUACAUCCCCUUCCCCGAGGACGACUCGAACGCCACCAACUCCAACCUGGAGCGCGUGGAGUACCUGUUCCUCAUCAUUUUCACCGUGGAGGCGUUCCUGAAGGUAAUAGCCUACGGCCUGCUCUUCCACCCCAACGCCUACCUGAGGAACGGCUGGAACCUGCUGGACUUCAUCAUUGUGGUCGUAGGGUUAUUCAGCGCGAUCUUGGAGCAGGCCACCAAGGGGGACGGCGCCACUCCGAUCGGAGGGAAGGCGGCGGGCUUCGAUGUCAAGGCUCUGAGGGCAUUCAGAGUACUCAGACCCCUCAGACUGGUCUCUGGAGUACCGAGUUUACAGGUAGUCUUGAACUCCAUAAUCAAAGCCAUGGUUCCCCUGCUCCACAUCGCCCUGCUGGUCCUCUUCGUCAUCAUCAUCUACGCCAUCAUCGGCCUGGAGCUCUUCAUGGGAAAGAUGCACAAGACCUGCGUUUACAACCACACAGGCACGAACGCGGAGGAGAAGCCGGCGCCGUGCGCGCCGGACGGCGCUUAUGGCCGACACUGUUUCCAGAACGGGACGCAGUGCAAGGUGGGCUGGGAGGGUCCGAAUGACGGCAUCACCAACUUCGACAACUUCGCCUUCGCCAUGCUGACGGUGUUUCAGUGCAUAACCAUGGAGGGCUGGACGGACGUGCUGUACUGGAUGCAGGAUGCUAUGGGCUAUGAGCUGCCGUGGGUCUAUUUUGUCUCUCUCGUCAUCUUCGGCUCUUUUUUCGUUCUCAACCUCGUUCUGGGUGUGUUGAGCGGAGAGUUUUCCAAGGAGAGGGAGAAGGCCAAGGCGCGCGGCGACUUCCAGAAACUCAGAGAAAAGCAGCAGCUGGAGGAAGACCUCAAGGGCUAUUUAGACUGGAUCACUCAGGCUGAAGACAUUGACCCAGAGAACGAAGAGGAAGGCUUGGACGAUGACAAACCCAGAAACCUGAGCAUGCCAGCCAGCGAGAACGAAUCCGUCAACACAGACAACGCCCCCGGGGGAGACGUGGGGGAGACCUGCUGCACCCGGCUGGCAAUUAGGAUCUCCAAAUCCAAGUUCAGCCGUUACUCCCGGAGGUGGAACCGGCUGUGCAGGAGGAAGUGCCGGGCGGCCGUCAAAUCGCAGGUUUUCUACUGGCUGGUCAUCUUCCUGGUUUUCCUCAACACUCUGACCAUCGCCUCCGAACAUCACCAGCAGCCCCAGUGGCUCACCGACGUACAGGACAUCGCCAAUAAGGUUCUGCUGGCACUCUUCACCGGGGAAAUGCUGCUGAAGAUGUACAGUCUGGGCCUACAGGCCUACUUCGUUUCGCUCUUCAACCGGUUCGACAGCUUCGUCGUCUGCGGCGGGAUUCUGGAGACCAUUCUGGUGGAAACGAAGAUCAUGUCUCCUCUCGGCAUUUCUGUGCUCCGCUGCGUGCGCUUGCUCCGAAUCUUCAAAAUCACCAGAUACUGGAACUCUCUGUCCAACCUGGUGGCGUCUCUGCUCAACUCGGUCCGCUCCAUCGCCUCCCUGCUGCUGCUGCUCUUCCUCUUCAUCAUCAUCUUCUCCCUGCUGGGCAUGCAGCUGUUCGGUGGGAAAUUCAACUUCGACGAGACUCGACGCAGCACCUUUGACAACUUCCCGCAGUCCCUGCUCACCGUGUUCCAGAUCCUAACGGGAGAGGACUGGAACUCUGUGAUGUACGACGGCAUCAUGGCGUACGGCGGCCCGUCCUUCCCCGGCAUGCUCGUCUGCAUCUACUUCAUCAUCCUCUUCAUCUGCGGAAACUAUAUCCUCCUGAACGUCUUCUUGGCCAUCGCUGUCGACAAUCUGGCCGACGCAGAAAGCCUGACGUCCGCCCAGAAAGAAGAGGAGGAGGAGAAGGAGAGGAAGAAGCUGGCCAGACUCGCCAGUCCAGAGAAGCGUCACGACAACGAGAAGCCGCCUCUGGAGGAGGAGAAGAAGGAAAAGAUAGAGCUGAAGUCCAUUACGUCUGAUGGAGAAACCAAUACUGCCACUAAGAUCAACAUGGAUGACUGCUGUGGAGACGAGACCGAAGAGAAGAAUCCAUAUCCUGCAAAUGAUUACAUCGGAGACGAGGAUGAGGACGAGCCAGAGAUGCCGGUUGGCCCCAGGCCGCGGCCUCUGUCUGACAUCCAGCUGAAGGAGAAGGCCGUUCCCAUGCCCGAGGCCCGGGCCUUCUUCAUUUUCAGCCACACCAACAAAUUCAGGGUUCUGUGCCAUAAAAUCGUCAACCACAACAUCUUCACCAACCUCAUCCUCUUCUUCAUCCUGCUCAGCAGCAUCAGCCUGGCGGCAGAAGAUCCCGUCAAGAACGAUUCCUUCAGAAACCAGAUCCUGGGCUAUGCAGAUCACGUCUUCACUGGACUUUUCACCAUUGAGAUCAUUCUUAAGAUGACCGCAUAUGGAGCCUUCCUCCAUAAAGGCUCGUUCUGCAGGAACUACUUCAACAUCCUGGAUUUGGUGGUGGUCAGUGUGUCUCUCAUCUCCUCCGGAAUACAGUCCAGCGCAAUUAAUGUGGUGAAGAUCCUGAGAGUCCUGCGAGUGCUGCGGCCGCUGCGGGCCAUCAACCGAGCCAAAGGACUGAAGCACGUGGUCCAGUGUGUCUUCGUGGCCAUCAGGACCAUCGGCAACAUCGUCAUCGUCACCACGUUACUCCAGUUCAUGUUCGCCUGCAUUGGAGUCCAGCUAUUCAAGGGAAAGUUCUCCUACUGCACCGACAGCUCCAAGCAGACCCAGGCGGAGUGCAAGGGUUUCUUCAUCAUGUAUAAGGACGGCGACGUGGCGAAGCCAGAGCGGAAGCAUCGGCACUGGGAAAACAGCGACUUCAACUUCGACGACGUCCUGCAGGGCAUGAUGGCUCUGUUCGCCGUUUCCACCUUUGAAGGCUGGCCGGGGUUACUGUACCGGGCCAUCGACUCCCACGCCGAGGACGUCGGCCCCAUCUACAACUACCGCGUGGUCAUCUCCAUCUUCUUCAUCAUCUACAUCAUCAUCAUCGCCUUCUUCAUGAUGAACAUCUUCGUCGGUUUCGUCAUCGUCACGUUCCAGGAGCAAGGAGAGCAGGAGUACAAGAACUGCGAGCUGGACAAGAACCAGCGUCAGUGCGUGGAGUACGCCCUGAAGGCCCGCCCGCUGCGCCGCUACAUCCCCAAGAACCCCUACCAGUACAAGGUGUGGUACGUGGUCAACUCCACCUACUUCGAGUACCUGAUGUUCACGCUCAUCCUGCUCAACACCAUCUGCCUGGCCAUGCAACACCACGGUCAGACGAAGAACUUCAACGACGCCAUGAACAUCCUCAACAUGCUCUUCACCGGACUCUUCACGGUGGAGAUGAUCCUCAAGCUCAUCGCCUUCAAGCCCAGGGGGUACUUUAGUGAUCCCUGGAAUGUGUUUGAUUUCCUCAUCGUAAUUGGCAGCAUAAUAGACGUCAUUCUCAGUGAAAUCAACCCAGCUGACUCCUCCUCGUCCUCGUCCUCCUCCUCUUCGUCCUCCUCUUCCUCCUCUUCCUCCUCUCACCCCCCUGUGGUAAGGCCAAUGGGACUGCAGAACUCUGAAGAGAACGCCAGGAUCUCCAUCACCUUCUUCCGGCUGUUCCGCGUGAUGAGGCUGGUGAAGCUGCUGUCUCGCGGGGAAGGGAUUCGGACCCUGCUGUGGACCUUCAUCAAAUCCUUCCAAGCUCUACCCUACGUAGCUCUGCUUAUAGUGAUGCUCUUCUUCAUAUACGCUGUCAUCGGCAUGCAGAUGUUUGGUAAAAUAGCGCUGCAGGACCACACACAGAUCAACAGGAACAACAAUUUCCAGACAUUUCCUCAGGCAGUGCUGCUGCUCUUCAGAUGUGCGACAGGUGAGGCGUGGCAGGAGAUCAUGCUGGCGUGCUCGCCGCUCCGGCCGUGCGAGAAGGGAUCGACCAAUGAGAACAGCACAGCCAACGAGGACUGCGGCAGCCAGUUUGCCAUCAUAUACUUCGUCAGCUUCUACAUGCUCUGUGCCUUUCUGAUCAUCAACCUGUUCGUGGCUGUCAUCAUGGACAACUUUGACUAUUUGACGCGUGACUGGUCGAUCCUGGGGCCACAUCAUCUGGACGAAUUCAAGAGAAUCUGGGCUGAAUAUGACCCCGAAGCUAAGGGGAGAAUAAAACAUCUGGAUGUGGUGACUUUGCUGAGGAGAAUCCAGCCUCCCCUCGGCUUUGGAAAGCUGUGUCCGCAUAGAGUGGCCUGCAAGCGUCUGGUGUCCAUGAACAUGCCUCUGAACAGCGACGGGACGGUGAUGUUCAACGCCACGCUGUUUGCCCUGGUCAGAACAGCACUCAGGAUCAAGACAGAAGGCAACCUGGAGCAGGCCAAUGAAGAACUGAGAGCAAUAGUGAAGAAGAUCUGGAAGAGAACCAGCAUGAAGCUCCUGGAUCAAGUAGUGCCCCCUGCUGGUGAUGACGAAGUCACAGUCGGAAAGUUCUACGCCACCUUCCUCAUCCAGGAAUAUUUCCGCAAGUUUAAGAAGAGGAAAGAACAAGGGCUGGUGGCCAAGGUUCCACCCAAAACUGCCCUCUCUCUGCAGGCGGGCCUGCGGACGUUACACGACAUCGGUCCGGAGAUCAGGAGGGCCAUCUCUGGAGACCUGACCGUGGAGGAGGAGCUGGACAAAGGCCUGAAGGAGCCGGUGUCGGCGGCAUCCGAGGAUGAUAUCUUCAGGGUAAAGCGUACAGGCGGGUUGUUCGGCAACCACGUCAACUACUACAACCAGAGCGAUGGCCGUGGGUCCUUCCCGCAGUCCUUCACUACCCAGCGUCCUUUGCAUAUCAGCCAGAAAGGCUCGCCGUGUGAAGGCGAGAGUCCGUCCCACGAGAAGCUCAUGGACUCCACCACCUUCACCCCUUCCUCCUACUCCUCCUCGGGCUCCAACGCCAACAUCAACAACGCCAACAACACCGGCAUGGUGACCGGGGUGACCACCCAGGGCAUCAGCCGGUUCCCCAGCCCGUCCAUCAGCACGGUGGACGGGCACACGGGGCAGCCGCUCACCCCCAUCCUGCUGCCGAGGUCUGCAUGGUGCUUUCCUCCGAAGAGCUCGGACUCGACUGACAGUCAUCUGCCAAUCAUCCGAAGAGGGGAGGGGUCAACAGAGGAGACGUAUGAUGAGAGUUAUGCUGACGACAGGGAGUACCAGGAGGACGACCACUCCCUCUCCUCUGACAUGCUCGUGUAUCAUGAUGAAACAUGUAAGCAGUUGACUCCCAUGGAGGAAACAGAGGAGGUGGAGGACAGAAGAGGAGGGAGCGGUGGAGGAGGAGGGUGGCAGUCUCCGAGGAGGGUCUUCCUCUGCCCCACCUCUCUAGGGCGGAGAUCGUCCUUCCAUCUGGAGUGUCUUCGGAGGCAGUCCAGACCGGACGUCUCCCAGAAGACGGCCGUACCUUUACAUCUCGUACAUCAUCAGGCUCUGGCGGUGGCAGGGCUGAGUCCUCUGCUAAGAAGGAGUCACUCACCCACCCUCUUCAGCCGGCUGUGCUCGACGCCUCCAGCCAGUCCCACAGGCCAGGGCAGCGACGCCUCCUACCAGCGAGUCCCCUCGCUGAGGCUGGAGAGCUCCAACUCCCAUGAAAAGCUCAACACCAGCCUGCCCUCAGUCAACUGUGGGCCCUGGUACAGCGACAGUAAUGGGAACAGCCGAGGGCCCAGUCCGAGCCCCACCCCCGGCGCGUCGGCGUCCAAUCAGAGAGCGCCGCGGCCGGUGUCGCUCACGGUGCCCUCGCUACUGGGGAAAGACCCCAGCUCGCUGACCCAUGGCAGCGCGGGCAGCCUGGUGGAGGCGGUGCUAAUAUCAGAGGGUCUGGGUCAGUUCGCCCAGGACCCUUCGUUCAUCGAGGCGACCAAAGCCGAGUUGGCCGACGCCUGCGACAUGACCAUCGAGGAGAUGGAGCACGCCGCCAACAACAUCCUCAACGGCAACACAACCACAAACGCCACGUCCGGCGCCUCCUCCACCUCUCAGCACAGCCCCAACGGCAACCUCCUCCCCUUCCCCACGCCGCCACCAGUGGCGGCGGCGGCGGCGGCAGCAGCAGCAGCAGCGACACACAGGGACCGAGUGGUCAGCCUGAGUCCCGGCGAAGGCGGGGGAGAGGCUGCGGCGAGCAGAGGCUCCAUCCACGGGCCGUCCUCGGUGGAGGAGCGGCAGGAGCUGCUGGCCCGGGGGAGAGGGGGGCGAGAAGAGGAGGAGGAGGAGGAGGAGGAGGAGGAGGAGGAGGCGGAGGAGAGGGAGGAGGGGCACCACAGAGGCCCCGUCGUGAUGGGAGGAGCGCGGCAGAGGAACAGCGGGCUGUUAGAGGACGAGGAUAUGGAGUGUGUGACCAGCUUGUAGGAAAUGGCCCGACGGCCCCUCUGACACACACAGACUGACGUCUGUCAGCGCUGGGUAACGGCGCCGCGGCUGGAUCUGCCUGUCCCCACCCUUCACACACACACACACACUCACACACACACACACACAAGUACAUACACUGUCUGCCUCCCUGCGAGACAUAACCGGUUCAGAUGAUGGCGGCCAGUGAUGCAACCUGAAACACCUGGUUACAGCGCUGUCGGCCUCUGAGUUCGUGUGUGUGGGAAUG